CACCAGCAGUCUUUCUCAGUAUCAAGAAAAUGUUUUUUCUCACAACUUUGUUGUUUUCCUACUUUCAAAUGUCUCAACAGAAUCAGCAAACUACUUCAAAUGGCAAAGGGAUGCUGUCCAAUCCCAGGCUCAUACCUGUUCAGGGGACUUUGAAUGUAGAGAUGAAUCAGAACGUGACCCUCUCCUGCCUCUCAGACUCUGGAUCUCCACCUGUCACAUACACAUUGUUUAAACACAAUCAGAAGGUAUCUGCUUUAACUAAGCCAGACCUGACCCCUGCUUUAUUUAACUUGACUAUCACCUCUGCCAGUGAUGUGGGUGAAUACAAAUGCAAAGCUGAGAAUAACAAUUCCAGUGGUGGAAAAUACAGCAGAAGUCUCAACUUCACUCUUCACCUCAACUUCACAACAGAACCAGUUUCCAAACCAGUGCUGAGCUCACCCACCUUUCAAGCAAGGAAAGGCCAGAAUGUGACCCUGUCUUGUUUCUCAGAGAAUGGCUCUCUUCCUAUCACAUAUGUAUUCUUCAAAGGAAAACAAAACAUCUCUCCCCCCGUGAAGAUGGAGAAGAGGGAAGCUGCUGUGAUUUUUCUGUUUAUCAAUUCCUCUAGUGACUUUGGAACCUAUAAAUGCAAAGCUCAAAACAGCUUCCAAAAUAACACAAAAUACAGCAACAGUUUUAACUUCACGUUAGCAGAAGAGAGACACCCUUACCAACCCCUGGUAAUUUCUUCUGUGCUCCUCUUGCUACUAUUGGCAGUAGGAUUUGCUCUGGCAAUUCGAUUUUUCAUAAUUCCUUCAUACAAAGCAAGAAGAUUUAAGUCUACUAGGCCCUCAUCUGGCCUUACUUCAGCAGUGAAUGCAGAGGACUCUGAAAAUGAUGUCAUAUACACAGAAAUUGAUCCUGUUACACCAGAAGAAGAAUACAUCAACAUUUCUGUUAUUAGAGGGGAAAAUGAAAAAGCAGAGAAGAGAGCUGCUACAGUCUAUUCAAAGGUCCUCAUCAGAGACUGAGUACAAGCUGGACCACUCCAUUCUCUAGAGUGGCAUCAGUUAUCAAGACCAUGAAGAGAACACUCAUCUCAUCAUACCUGCAGAGGAAAGAGCACACCUGCUGCUGCUUUUGGUAGACAGAAAAUUCAGAUAAGUCAUGUCCUAAUCACCAUAAGCUGUAAAUAUUUAUUUUUGCUAUACUGCACUAAGUCCAGUGUGAACACAUCAGUUUUCUUGUUGGCACUCCUUGCUUUCCUGAUUAAAUUUCUUUAAAUUAUUCAGUUACUUUAGCAAAUAAAAAGAAUGUUAUUUGGUGAUCUAUGACAGGAGUGUUUUGUAGAAACAGAAUAUAUCUUUGCUCUGUUAUUUAACAGUCAGACUUUGAAGACUACUCACAGAACAGUCACAUUUAUUCUCUCAGGAAAAAAUAUUCAUC